AUAUCAUAAGUACAACAAUAAAGAGCUGCAGAUGUGCAGUCACACACUGAAGGAGCAAAGAAAAACACGAGGAAGAUGGAACUUCUUCACUUCAUCACAGCUGCAUCAUUGCUGUGUGCCGUCUCCUCUCUCCCUGAGCGUCAGCCUCGUUUUGUCAAUGAACUGAAGAACUGGACCGAAGCUCAGAGUUUCUGCAGAGAAAAGUACACUGACCUGGUGACCAUAAGCAGCAUGGAGGACGUGACAAAGCUGAACAACAUGGUCGAUCCGAACACGAUGGUCUACAUGGAUGAUGAUUCCAAACAUCGAGCCUGGAUUGGUUUGUUUGAUGAUGUGAACAGCUGGAGGUGGACCACCUCUGACACAAACAUCUACAUAGACGGAGAAGCUGAGUUCACGAACUGGGCACCUGGAGAACCAAACAACUACUGGGGUGCAGAAAGCUGCGCAGCGAUGUGGGAAAAUGGAUUCUGGAAUGAUUUUAACUGCAGAGCGACCUCCACAGCUGUCUGCUCUGAUGUGCAAGGGCAGGAUGCUUCAUUUAUCUUCAUAAACCAAAGUCUGAAAUGGACUGAAGCUCUGAGCUACUGCAGAGAGCAUCACACAGACCUGGCCAGAGUGAGAAGCACGACAGAGAAUGAGGAGAUAAAGAUCCACCUGGACGUGGGUGGAUGGUAG